AUGGAGCGCGGAGGUCCGUCUCGGGAUUCUGAGUUGUUGAGCGGCCCGGAAGAGCGUACUGAGCGAGAGUCGAAUUUGAUUGAUAUCUCCACCAUUGUGAAUACGGCCAAUCAAUCGGAAGACGGGUUUUGUUUGGUGGGCAGUCUCAUUACUGCGAAGGCCCCAAAUGGAUUCCAUUUAAUGGAAAUCAUGAGGAAAUCGUGGAAGACCUCAAAAAAUUUCGAGGCUAAAGAAUGGAGGAAGAAUCUUUUUCUGUUUUCCUUUGCAACUUUGGAAGAUCGGCAAUGGGUUUUGCAAAGGCAACCUUGGCACUUUGACGGACACCUCUUUGCGGUGAUGGGACUUGAUGAUUCAGCGCAGCCAUCUGAUAUAAGAGUAAACAGAAGCAGUUUCUGGGUAAGAGCAUACAAUCUUCCGAUAAAGUGUAUGAAUCCUUCCAUUAUACGCAAUAUUGGAAAGCAAAUUGGUGUGGUUGAGGAGGUGGAUGAGAGGGCAAAUUAUGCAGGAUGUUUUGCUAGAUUCAAAGUUAACUUUGAUGUUACUACGCCUCUUCUUCGCGGUUUAACGAUCUGUCUUGAAGCCAAACAAUUGUGGAUUCCUUUAAAGUACGAGCAUCUCCCAACUUUCUGUUAUAAAUGUGGGGUCAUGGGACAUCAUAGUCGUGCUUGUGAUAUAAAUGUGGAAGAUGAUGAAAGUGGCAAGCAAUUCGAAGACAUCAUCUAUGGCCCCAUACUCAAGGCCUCGCCUCUUAAGAGGCUCCGCCCGACAAAACAAAAUCAUGACCGUCCCAGAAAAUCAAACCCUUUGAUUGAUCUCCAAUGCCAUGCUCCUUUCCACCCUCCGGUCCAUCCCUCCAAACCACGCCCAUCACCUCUAUCCCCAAACCCCUCUUCACACCUUUCAAACUUUCCCAACCCUAUGACCCUGCCCUCAAAUGCUGAUACUGUGAACCCUGAUAGAAACCACUCCCACAAAAUGCAGAAAGAUAACACCCUCCCCCAGAAACAUUCCCCAGCCCCCACUGGCCAAAAACCUCCAACCAAAUCUGAAGCCAAGAUCAGCCAAGUCUUUUCCAAGACCCAAACAUCCCUUACUACAGCCACCGAAUCCCAACCGAAAGCCAGAGCCACUCCUCAAAACAGAGGCCCCUUCGCUCCAACUGAAACAAUCAUCCCUACUGUUGAUAUUGCUAAACUCCUCAACAUCGAUCUACCUCCUAAACAACAAGCCAAUAAUACCCAAAAACCUACCCUUAAAACUUGGUCAAGAUUAAACCGUUCCCCAACUCCAAAAAUUCCAAAGGUUCAGUCUUUAGCUAAACCAAACAGGAAACGCUACUUGAUUGAAAACGAGGGAAAUACUUCCCCUUCAAGGGAUGCAGCGAUUGAUAUGGUCCAAAAACGUCUCAAAGGAACAAUCCUGGAUGAUGAUUCCACCACUUCAAAUGCGACGACGGCGGAGAUUGCUUUGGAGCAAUCCCGCCGAGCACAAUGA